CUCUCCCCUGGUGACCGUCCCUGACUUGCGGAGCUUCUUUGCCUCCAUGGAUGAUGCCUCUUGCCCAUCGUACACGUCUUCUCUUAUACCUCCAGGUUCCGGCUCCGCUACCCUUUCGCUUCUUCCGCAAAUCUACCAGCUCAUUAACUUUGUUCGUCCAUUUUGCCUCCAGUCAUUCCUUAACACAAACGCUUGCAUGUCAUCAAACCGUAUAAUAUAGCAAGCCCACCCACCGCUAUCCAAGUCCAGGUCUAGCUAUCCUUUCCUUCAUAAACAGGGCUUAAACCAACUACGCCACUUUCUUUACAAAAGACAAACAAUCGAUUCACUCUCUACGCGUCAGUCUCCGCUGUCAUCAGUCCAAGGGAUCCUGUUCACUUGAUAGUAUAUUUUACUAUACCCUAACCGCCUGACGUCCCCCAAAUCGACUGUGAUCGUUCCUUACAACACAUGUCGACUGCCCGGAAAUUACUCCCACAUUCGACUUGGCCAUUGCUCUCUUAGUUGACCAGAUAGAUUCUGCAUAAUAGUUUAACGGCUCGCUCCUGUAAGGACUCUUGGGUUCCUGCUUUUACCACCACCCUACCUCAACACCAAAGUUGACACUCAACUUUUCUUUCCUAUCUGUGAUAGUAUUUAUACAGCUGGCUUGCAUACCUAUCUGGGCCUACGCCUAUAAUCAACAUGAACUCAAACGAAUUCAUCGAAAACGAAUCCGUGCUGGGCUCGGACGAGAUGUGGUCAACACCAGCUACUCAGUCUAAGCCUCGCCCUAUGCCCAUCUAUCAGGGAUUCUCUUUCUGCGGUGCCGAGAACUUCUCAUCAGUACCAUCUUGGGACUCAUCUUCAGUUUCAUUCCAGCAAACCCCCAGUGAGACCAUGUCACGACCUGGAUCUAUGCAUCAAGACUUCUACCCUCCUACCACUAUGGAUAACUCAUCGUGGAUGGAAAAGCAAGUCGAAGAUCAAUUUGAUCUUCAUGGCAUGGACUACGAUAUGACCAUGGGAAUGAGCUCUUUCACAAACGACGAAGCCAUCCCUGUUCUUGACCUGAAGCAGGGAACACUUGCCGAGGAAGAUCUGAUGGCCAUUGAUGACGGUUCAAAACAACGUCGAAUGUCCGGCUCUUCCUUUUCGAUGUCCACCUCUGGAGCCUUCUCCGACAUGCCUCUCGAUGAUUUCUCAGCAGCGCUCUCUGAAGCGCCCUCCUUCAGCUCUGAUUAUCCACCGCUUUCUAACCGCACUUCUAUGAUGUCUUCCACCCAGCUUUCGCCCGUUGCCUCGCCACGAAUGACUCCUCAGUCGAGGACCGAUCUUGUGAGGACUCAGAGUCGUGGCCGCGGUGCUUCUCCAUCUCCCCGACCCAGCAACGUUCGAUCUGCUCCCUACAGCGUCGAGGGGCCAAGACUCAAACGAUGGUCUACUGGUACUUACAACACCUCUGCUAGCCGCAAGCCUGCCCAGUACGUUUACCAUGCCUGCCCGGAUGUCUACAAUAGCCACCAGCACAUGUACUCCGGCCACUCUUCUCCUGCCGUCGGUACCACUCCUCUGCCUCUCAACUACGGCAACCUCCAGGCCAUGCAGCAAGCACCUUUCGUUGUCCCCAGCACUCCCGCCUACCAGAGAAACAGCAUGCUGCUUCCUACUCAGCUUCCGUCUCAGAUGGCCCAGCAGCAGCCCUGGCAAACCGACGUCAACCAUUUCGCCCCACCUCAGCCACUUCUGUCUCACGGCCUUUUCAGAAUGCUUCAGAGCAACGGAGAUGCCGCUUGCCUCAACGGGCACUACACCGACCUUUCUGACCCUCCUGAGCUGUACGCCGCUCUCCGAGAAGAGCAGAUACCUCCACCCCCCGAGGACAUGAAUCCCGAGGAUCCCGACAUGAUUCCCCGCGAGCAGGAGUUGCGAUUUGAGGGCGACCUUUACACCCCUAGAUGGGUUCGAGGCCACGGCAACAAGCGAGAGGGCUGGUGUGGAAUCUGCAAGCCUGGACGAUGGCUCGUGCUGAAGAACUCUGCCUUCUGGUAUGACAAGUCUUUCUCUCACGGCAUUAGUGCUGCCACCGGAAGCUCGUUCCAAGAACCUCAACAGAAGCGACGUAUGGAUGGAAACCCUGAUGUUUGGGAGGGUCUCUGUGGUAGCUGUGAGCAGUGGAUUGCCCUUGUCAGCAGCAAAAAGAAGGGAACCACCUGGUUCAGACACGCGUACAAGUGUCACACACAUCUCAAGGUGAAAGACACACCUAAGCGUCGCCGCGAAAGCAGCAACGCCAGGGCGCUAGCCAUGUCGACCAUGGCAAAGCCCAAGACUGAAGUUCAACAUCAACGACCCAUGACGCCCCAGAUGCCUGUCUCCUCGAUGGAGCUUGCCACUACGCCUAGACCCUCUACCAUGUCCCAGAUCACGUCUCACCCUCAAGUCACCUCUGUUCUCGCUCCUCAGGAGCACUAUACCAUUGAUCCGAUGUCUGGAAACGUCCUUACGACUGAGCCAUUUCCGAACAUGAUUUAACUCGAUACGACUCUGUUUUUUACAGUUUAGACUUUUUCCUUUUGAUUUCCGCCGUACCACGACAGCACAUGUAUUGUCGUGGAUGGCACCACACUCGUUACGUUACGAAAAGAUCUUUGAGAUGAUGCUUGAUACCAGUUGAAGCCAGGGAUAAGUUUGUUGAUCCCUGUGCUUAAAGUUUUCUGUUUAAUUUCUGUUCCUUGUCUUGCCUUUGAGGGCCUGCUUAUGCUAUUUAGGAGGAGGAAACGAUCAGUUCCGAGAGGGAUCACCACGUGGACGAGACCAUCCCGUACUUGAAGCUGGGAGGAAUUUGGAAAAAGUACAUGUCUGAAAGGGAACCAGGGAAAAAAGUGGAGGAUUCACCAUAUCAUUUUUUACUUCUUCUUUUACUUCUUAUCUUCUUUUUCUUUCUUUUCUACAUCUGCUCACUUUGAGAGAUACCCAGGAGUUUUUGCUUUUACUGCACUAGAUAGAAUGGUCGGUUUAGGAUUAGGAGCCUUCCUUUGGGGAAGAGCCUGAUGAAUGAAACGAGCAAGAUGGACGAUGCUGCUGGCCAGUCGAAGUCAAAGGCAUGGAUUUACAUAGAUAGAAAUAGCUACGCAACGGUCACCCAAUAUCACUGUUACUGAUUUUG